AUGAACAAAAAUGUUCAUUUUAGCUGUGAUUUUGUAUUGCACGUGAUCAUAUUAAGAGAGUUCAAAUUAAAUGUAUUUAUUUCUUUUUUAUUUCGUUCACCUGCAGAUUGGACUGCUAAAGAAGAGGAUGAACAAGACAUCAAUGUCUGGGAAGAUAAUUGGGAUGAUGACAAUGUUGAAGAUGAAUUUAGCAAUCAGUUACGGGCAGAACUAGAGAAAUGUGGUCAUCGUGUUAAUGGCAGUGGUGAACCAAUGAAAUCUUAAGCCGUAUUCUAAUUUUGUGAUCAAGUAUUGUUUUUGAAUAAAAUUAUUUUGAAGGAUGA